AUGCGAGACCUUGACCUUUAUGAGAAGGUUUCUUCCUUUUUCGCUACCCAAAACCUUAUCAUUAGGCGAGUAAAAGUUUAUACUUGCUUUGCAGUAUCUAACCUUCCUCAUUUUAAUUGUUUUAGUUUGUUCCUUAUUAGUUAAAACUUCAUUUUUAUAUGUUAUUUUAGAUCAGAUGCACUUGUGACGUAUUUUUUGAUAAGAUAGCGCCAUAUUUGCUUUAUAUCUUUAUAUUUUUGCAAGACAAUUACAAAAUUGAAUAUUUAGGAUGGUGAAGAACGUGCUUUUGGUUGGUGGCGCCAGCGAUUUUGGUCAAGUUUUGGCCAAAAAGCUUCGAGCUGUCGGUGCCAAGGUGUAUAUAUUGGAUACGGACCAAGUCGACGUUGAUGAUGACCUGGAAUUCAUUCAUGGAGAAAGCUGUAACACAGAUCUGGUCAAGAAAAUUGUCACGGAUUGUCAUGUAAGUCUAUUAUUUCAGUUUUAUAUUGUUUUAGAUCACCAGAUUGUUCUUGUUACCUAAAAUUAACCAAAACGAGGAUGUCCAGCAACAAGGACGGCGAAUUUUGCUCGGAACAGCAGCAUUGAUUGAUGAAGUACGUAGAAGAACUGAAGACUUGCCACAAGUAAUUCAAGUUGGCCAGUUUCAAGAGGAAUCGGACCUUGUACCCGAGUAUAAGGCGGCCGUUAUGAGUACCGAAGCUUUUCUUCAUUCCUAUGCCGUUAGUUAUCGUAUGGAUGUGAGGUUGGUUAGAAUACCUACGAACACUGUUGGUAGUGCUUACGAACGUUUGGCCAAGGAGAUUCUUGAGAUUUCUUCGGAACAUACGACAGAAAAGGCUAAGAUUUACAAUUUGGAGGCGGAGACUUGUGAAGUUGUAGGUUUUUAGGCUAUUUAUGGCUGUUUUUUAGUCAAAAUUAUAUUUUAGUAGCCAAAAGCAGAUUCUAUAGUGUUUUUUGGAUAGUAAUUUAACUUAUUUUUCAGCCAUCUGGAUCAGCUACAACUCCAAAUGUCCGAAUUCUUGUCUACGGUGCGAACGGAUGGAUUGGUCAACAAUUUGUUGAAAGCUUGAAGAAGAACAACACAUUACAGUACUUUGUGGGCAAAACAAGACCUGGAGAUUGUUGUGAUGAUGAUGUCAGAAAGGAAGUUACUGACAUUGCUCCGUCUCACAUCAUUUCGCUGAUCGGAAGAACUCAUGGCAAAGGUAAUGGUUACUAUAAUAUUCAAACGACCUUAUCUUGGCCUAUAUUUGAUUUCUAUGGUUUAAACUUUGGGUGUGACUAGAUUAUAGUAUUGGCCACAAAAUUGAGUGGUUCAGGACUAUCUUUGUUACCUAAUCUUUCUGUAAUUUUACUUUCAGACUGCGGCAACAUUGAUUAUCUGGAAGGAGGCCCGGACAAGCUGAAAGAAAACGUCAGAGACAAUCUUUAUGGCCCAUUUAUGUUGGCCAACAUUGCUAAUAGAUUUGGUAUUCAUUUUACCUAUCUUGGAACGGGAUGUUUAUUCAAGUAUGCCAAGGAUGCACCUUAUUAUACUGUAAGUUUAGGAGAAGAGUGGAGAAUGGGAACCUGAUGAUGAUCAAAAGUCCUUUUUAUCUUUAUAUUAGUUUAUUCAAAUAAUUCUGUUCCCUCCAACACCGAAAAUGUGUUUUGAGAGGGGCACAGAAUUAAUUGAACGUCUUAAUAUUAAGGUUUUGCCAUUUGUAAAUGGCCUUCCAAAGAGAAAUAUAGCCAAAAGCUAUGAAAUCAAGUUGAUUUGGACACUAUUUUGAAGGUUACUGUAUUUUUCUUGUGGAUUACGGUAUUUUAACUUUCAGGAAUCCGAUUUGCCAAACUUUGUGGGUAACAAAUAUGGCGUGGUAAAAGGCUACACUGACAGAUUUAUUGGAGAAUUCCCAAACUCAUUGAAUGCCAGAAUUCGCUUACCUUUCAACGAUGAGAAUUCACCUAGAAAUUUGUUGAAGAAGGCAAGGAUUACUGUAUUUUUGGGGUUUAUUUUGGUAAAAAAUUUUAAAUUUGGGCGAUUACUGUAACUCGUAACUUGAUUUUUGUGGGUUAGUGUUUUUUCGGACGAUUAUUGUAACUAUAACUUAAGUUUUGUAAAGCUUACUGUAAUUCUGGACCUUAAUUUAACCUAUUUUAGAUCACGAGCUUUAAUAAACUGCUGGAUGUGGAAAACUCGAUCACUUAUCUCCCUGACCUGCUGCCAGCCCUGAUCAACCUAAUGUUGAGCAGAACGGUUGGAACAGUGAAUCUGGUCAGUCCGGGUGUGAUUACUUUUGUCAAAAUGGCUGACAUCUACUCUCAAGUCAGUGGAAACAAGCUGGACUACGAAGCUUUAAAUGUUGAGGUAGGGUUGUGUUGUCUAUUGAGGCCGGACCUGAAAGGGGGCUCACUAGGUCUGGCUUUUACUUGGCUCAGGGCCACGCUGAGCCGGAUCGAAGCAAAUUUGGACGGGGCCGAGGCGAAUCAUGCUAGCCUGGGGCCGGGCUCAAACGAGGACCCCGGGCUGCUCAGGUCCCGCAACGAAAGACUUGACGGGCUGAAUUAAAUUUGAAAGGAGCUGGACUGGGAUGCACAUGUGGGCCCGAGAGCUGGGUUUACCCCAAGACCGGCCGAGCAGAAAAAUUGGGCCGGACCAGGCCCCUACAGGUCUAAUAGGGGCCUGUAGGCAGGCUAAACUACCUAACACAAUAUAACUUCAGGACGAUAACGAUGGAACAGCCAAGCGAGCUCACUGCAAAUUGUCGACUGAUAGACUGGAACGUCUACAGCCUCAAGUAUUACAUGUAGAAGAUGCUGUUCGAAAGGCGUCACAAGCUAUCAGCCAAGCCAGCUGA